AUGGCAAACGAGCUAACCUCUCUUAGGCGUGCGCGAGGUACGUUUAAGUCCCGUCUUACGGGUUUCGAGACAUUUCUUGAGGGCUUUCGCGCGUCGGGCAAUCCGAUCGAGACUCUUGAAGCAAGAAUCGAAUUUAUACAAAGCUUAUGGCCUAAUUUUAACGACACUCAGAAUAAAAUCGAGGAUUUGGACGACGCGGAUGAAGAACGGUAUAUCAUAGACGAACGGUAUUGUUCUUUAAUCGGUCGAGCACGAGCUCUUGUCAAUCUUGAGCGAGCACAGCAUCAACAAAUCAAUUACGCGGGUAAUCAGCAGCACAACAAUGCCCACCUCAACGGAGGUGCCGGCCACACGCAGGAUCUCACGGUCAAAUUGCCGACGAUGAGUUUUCCGGUAUUUGACGGGAAUCCUGAGCAAUGGCUCCAAUUUCGCGACAGUUUUCAGGGGCUAAUCGAAACAAACGUUAACCUAUCAGAUAUUCAACGCAUGUAUUAUCUGCGGUCGUCAUUGAAAGGGCGUGCCGCGGAGGUCAUUCAAGCACUCGAGUCUUCCGCAGCGAAUUACGAAAUUGCCUGGACGCUCUUGAAAAAGAGGUUCGAGGACAAAACCGCGAUCGCAAGUCGUCACUUACAGUUACUACUCGACAUUCCCGUGAUACAGAAGGAAUCUGGGGGGCAGUUACGAAAAACAUUAGACAGUAUGUUGCGACAUAUUCGUGCUAUUGAGCAGCUCGGGGCUAAUACCUGGGACGCAGUAGUAAUUCAUCUUUUAACCUCAAAGUUAGACAGCAUGACGCGACGCGAAUGGCGUGCGCAUGCAAAGGAACGGGAAAAUCUCACAGUCGGCACUUUGACAGAUUUCCUCGAGGAUCGAUGCCUCAUUCUCGAACCGGAGAAUAUAAAGCCAGAGGCGAAUAAAACACAAUCAGCAGCGCGAUCGGAAGGGCGAGCGUCGUCCCAACCGAAUAAAGCAACACAAUCGAAUUCUUUCGCGAAUACAAGCGAUGAGAAACAAGCGUCUCGCAAAUGUGCGUAUUGUAAAGAAGAAUCGCACCUCAUUUAUUCAUGCCACAAGUUCCGCGAUUUAGGCGUACCGAAAAGACAAAGCGUAGUAAACGAGCUUAAACUUUGCCGUAAUUGCUUGCGAAGCAAUCAUAUCGCGGCGAAUUGUAUGUCGACUCAUUGCAGAAAGUGCGAGGGUAAACAUAACACGUUGUUACACCCUAACGAUCAAUCAGUAGAAGCGAACAAUCAAUCGAAUAGUAGCAGCAAUUCAGACACUAGCAAGGGCGUCGCUUUAACGUCGACAAGCAUUCCAGAGCAUUUCUCUCCUUACCGAGUCAUAUUGUCAACCGCAAGGGUUUGGAUUCACGAUAGGAGCGGAGCACGAGUCGAAUGUAGAGUACUUUUAGACUCGGGUUCUCAGUUCAACUUUAUAACGCGUGAGCUUUGCGAGCGUUUGAAGUUAAGUACGCAUGAGCAGGAUUUUUCAGUCAAAGGCAUAGGUCCAGCUAUAGAUCUCCACGCAUCAGCGGGUGCUGUUAUACAAUCUAAGCAUACUGCAUAUAAAACUAAGCGUCAAUUUUUGAUUAUUGAACGAAUAACCGAGAACCUGCCCAUAGCAGCAGUCGAAAUCGGUCAUCUCAAAAUCCCUCCUAAUAUAAAUCUCGCUGACAGCACGUUUCACCUUCCAGGUAGGGUUGACGUGAUAUUAGGAGCAAGCAUAUUUUGGGAUCUUCUUUGCAUUGGCCAGAUAAAACUAGGUCGCAAUCAACCAGUCCUCCAGAAGACGCAUCUUGGAUGGAUAGCCGCUGGUGAUAUUACUCCAGUCACUCAAUCGCCUGCAUCAAUCAGUUACAUAACAGCAGACGCGGCACUUCAAAAGCAGGUCGAAAGGUUUUGGACGAUAGAAGAGAUCGACCGGGCGCCGGUGCGAUCAAAGAGCGACGAAUCGUGCGAACUCCACUUUCUGCAGACCUACAAACGGGACGCAAGUGGACGGUUUAUAGUCAGUCUACCAUUCAAAGGGGACCCCAGCGAGUUGGGCGAAUCCCGUAGUACCGCGGUGAAGCGAUUCUACAAAAUCGAACAGAAGCUAGAACGCGAUCCUGAGCUCAAGGCAGCUUACGUCAAGUUUAUGCAGGAUUACGAAUCAUUGGGUCACAUGACCGUCGUAAACGAUACAACAAGUAACACCUCGCCGGUGUAUUACAUCCCACAUCAUGCCGUAGUUACCCAAGUUAACGGGCAGAAUAAGCUUCGGGUAGUCUUCAACGCUUCUGCCAAGACAACUUCAGGAAAGUCUCUUAAUGACAUUUUGCAAGUCGGACCCACGAUCCAGCCAACGUUAUUUGUAAUCGUGCUGCGAUUCCGACAACACCAAUUCGUACUAACAGCUGACAUCGUGAAGAUGUACAGACAGGUCGAGAUUAUCGAGGAGCAGAGAAAUUUGCAGCGAAUCGUGUGGAGACCAGCCAGCAGUUUACCAUUACUGGAUUACUCAGUAAAUACAGUUACAUAUGGCGAAGCAGCCUCAGCAUUUUUAGCAAUUCGAUCUAUGCAGCAAGCAGCUCAUGAUGCGAAACAAUCUCAUCCGAUUGCGAGUAAAGUCAUAUUGGAGGAUUUCUGCGUAGAUGAUCUCCUCACCGGCGACGAUGACAUAAACGCACUUCGAUCCCUGAAGACAGAUCUCAUUGAAAUAUUGAGAUCAGCAGGCUUCACGUUGGCCAAAUGGAACUCUAACGAACCGACUCUCCUCUCAUCCAGUGCAGACGAGAUUCCGCAACUAUUAAACAUCGGAGACGAAGUGAAAACUCUCGGUCUUUCGUGGGCUUCCCGCAAGGACACACUACAAUAUCGAGUGACCUUCAGAAACACAGAGGGUCGCGUCACAAAGCGCAAAGUACUAUCGGUCGCGUCUCAGAUCUUCGAUCCAUUGGGAUUAGUGGGGCCAGUCACUAUAACUGCGAAGAUCUUGCUCCAACGCAUGUGGCAGUUAAAUCUUACAUGGGACGAAUCACUUCCUAGCAGCCUACAUUCUGAGUGGCUCAACUAUCUCGAACAGCUUCCUGCAAUCAACGACAUCUCUAUUCCGCGCGUGGUUGUCUGCGGAAACCCCGUGCGCAUUGAACUUCAUGGGUUCUCCGAUGCAUCGGAAGCAGCCUAUGUGGCUUGCGUAUACUUACGAUCGAUCGAUACUCAAGGAAGGAUUACAAUUCGGCUAUUAUGCGCGAAGUCAAAGGUCGCGCCAUUGAAAACAAUCUGUGUUCCUCGACUGGAACUCCUCGCAGCUCUUCUGCUAGCAAAACUGGUUAAGCUAGUAAUGGAUACGCUAUCAUUAAGCAUUCAAGCUCGCUUUUAUUGGUGCAAUUCAGAAAUUGUUCUAGCAUGGAUAUACGGCGAACCUUAUCAACGCAAAACCUUCGUUGCCAAUCGGAUCACGGAGAUCCAUCAAUUAACAGAAAAGGAAAUGUGGCAUCAUGUAAAAUCAGAGGACAAUCCAGCGGACGUUAUCUCCAGAGGGGUGAACCCAAAUCAACUAAAGCAUCUCCGUCUCUGGUGGGAAGGACCUGAGUGGUUGUACGAUCCUGCGGAGCAUCUUCACGAAACGAUUCCCCCGGUAAUCGGCGAGAUUCCGGAGACCAAAGCAUCCAGCACCACGUUCACGCAAAUCUUCGAAGAUAACGAUAUACUCAGUCGGUUUUCAUCUCUUUCUAGACUGAAGCGAGUUAUUGCAUAUUGCUUACGUUGGAAAGAACCAAUUAAAUCAAGUACUACGCGACAGAUACGACCAUUGAGCGUCAACGAACUGGAUCAAGCGAUGCGGCUGAUCAUUAAGUUGAGCCAGACCGUAUGCUGCACGACACCUUAUGG